AUGGAUGCCUUCAGAUCCCCUUUUGACAACAGUUUAACUAGUAACGGCUGCACGGCGCAAACACUGAAUAGAGGGUCUGAGACUGUCUGUUGGCCGGAUACAUGCGUCCCCGAAAAUGGCACUGCGGUUCCUGCCCCGGCAGUGCCACCCGUCUCUGGAUACUGGACAGCUGUCUUUGAUUAUGAUGCAAACGCUGAGGACGAGCUCAGCCUGCGAAAGGGGGACUUGGUGGAGGUCCUGUCAAAGGACUCUUUGGUGUCUGGGGACGAGGGUUGGUGGACGGGCAAGAUAGAGGACCGUGUCGGAAUCUUCCCGAGUAACUACGUUAUCAGUGGCAAUGACAUCUCAGAAAAGAUACGGGACUCGACCUCAGAGGAUUACGCCGACUAUUCGGUACCUCAGUUGCACCUGUUGGAGAUUGAGUUCUCAGAGCUGGUGCUGGAGGAGAUCAUCGGGGUCGGUGGUUUUGGGAAGGUGUACCGGGCAUUGUGGAGGGGUAACGAGGUGGCGGUAAAGGCAGCUCGGCGCGACCUGGACGAGGACGCAGAGCAGACUUUGGAGAGCGUUCGUCAGGAGGCCAAGCUCUUCGCCAUGCUGCAUCACCCCAACGUCAUGGGCCUGCUGGGCGUGUGCCUUCGCGAACCCAAUCUGUGUCUAGUGAUGGAGUACGCCCGCGGUGGGCCACUUAACCGCGCCCUGGCCGGAAAACGUAUCCCUCCGCACACGCUGGUGGACUGGGCGGUGCAGGUCGCUCAGGCUAUGAGAUACCUUCACUGCCAGGCCAUUGUUCCCAUCAUUCACCGAGACCUCAAGUCCAGCAACGUCCUGAUUCUGGAGAAGGUAGAGAACGAUGACUUGAGCAACAAGACUCUGAAGAUCACAGAUUUUGGCUUGGCGCGAGAAUGGCACCGCACCACCAAGAUGAGCGCGGCAGGCACCUACGCCUGGAUGGCACCCGAGGUCAUCCGCUCCUCCACCUUUUCCAAGGGCAGCGAUGUGUGGAGUUAUGGUGUGCUUUUAUGGGAGCUGCUGACAGGCGAGGUGCCAUUUCGAGGUAUUGAUGGUUUGGCCGUGGCAUAUGGAGUCGCCAUGAACAAACUGGCACUGCCAAUCCCCUCGACCUGCCCAGAGCCUUUCGCUCGCCUUAUAGAAGACUGUUGGAACUUAGAUCCCCAUUCCCGCCCCACCUUCACCAAUAUCCUGGACCAGCUGACGGCCAUCGAAGAGUCAGGCUUCUUUGAGAUGCCUGUGGAGUCCUUCCAUUCCCUGCAGGAUGACUGGAAAGUUGAAAUCCAGGAGAUGUUCGACCAGCUCAGGGCAAAAGAGAAGGAGCUACGUUCAUGGGAAGAGGAGCUGAGCAAGGCAGCACUGCAGCAAAAGUGCCAGGAGGAGGCGCUAAGGAGGCGUGAGCAGGAGCUGGCCGAGAGGGAGAUCCACAUCCUGGAACGUGAGCUCAAUGUCAUCAUUCACCAGCUGUAUCGAGAGAAACCACGUGUGGAAAGUCGCCAGGGAAAAUUCCGCCGCAGCCGACUUAAAUUACGUGACGGCAACCGCAUCAGCCUGCCUUCUGAUUUCCAGCAUAAAAUUACGGUGCAGGCGUCUCCAUCUCUGGACCGCCGGCGAAGUCUACUAGGCAGCAGCUUCAGCCCCCCCACCAGCCCACCCAUCCUACCACGUCUCCGAGCUAUCCAGUUGACUCCUGGAGCUGGGGCUCAAGCGUGGGGUCGUAAUGCAGCUUUUCAACAUGAUGAAGAGGAGGAAAAAGAAGAGAGGAAGAGUUCUCGUAAAAACCGACGUAUCCGUGGCACGGGGCCACUCCGGGAGCACAGUGCCGAUGAAACGUUAAGGCCUCCGAAAGAGGGGAAUAGGCAGCGUUCAUGCAGUGCUCCAAAUCUGCGAAGGUCACCCAGACACAGCCCUGCAGUUCCAGGUGUUCCCAGCCUGGCAGAGACAGAGAAUGAAGAUUGCUGCUGUCAGGCAGAGCCGGGUAACUCUCCCAGCCAAUCCUACCUCUGCAUCCCUUUUCACCGGGAGGGCCCUGUUGCCGAUGGUUACGGAGGAGUGGAUAGCCAGACCCCAGAUGCCUCACCGAAUUUCUCAUCCCGGCGAAGUCCCAGUGGGGGUCGGAGGUCUGAACUGGUGUUACUGGGCUGCGGUGCGUUGCUGGCAGCUGUGGGGUUGGGUCUGAACCUCCUGGAGCUAAGCCAACCGGAGGAGAGCACACGCACACGCUGGGAUACGCUUUUUCACCGUGCCGGGGGCCACCGGCACAACACAAGCCCCCCCACACGAAAGCUGUUCAAACGAGAGAGCCCGCUGCGACCACCUCCUCUGCCCCCCUCACUCACGCUGCUCUCCCUCUCCUCUGUCUCUGACUGCAACUCCACACGUUCGCUCCUGCGUUCGGACAGCGAGGAGCUGCUAGUGUACCGACCCCCCUCCCCGCCCAAAGCUCCACCCCCAGCACCGCCUCCUCCGCAGACCCCACCUCCACCCCUGCCUCCCAAUCCAUUGGUCAACACCCACUUGGAGAGUUUUAAGAGGAAUCCGCGUCAAUCGCUCACACCCACACAUAUACCUUCUGCCUCUAGCUCAACCCGUAGCCUCCACCGUACGCCAUCCGAUGGGGCCAUCAAGAGGGGUGGUGUUCCAAACCACACCCAUCCAGUUACACCUGCUAAAGCCACACAAGACAACUCAGUUGUUAGUCCAUGGGGCCUGAAAGAAGAUACUGGUGAGGUGCCUCGUUUGCCGGAUCCGAACGUGGUUUUUCCUCCCACCCCACGCCGCCGAUGUCAACUGGAACGACCUAAAACUCUAGAUUUCAUGGCGAGGCCCCGCCCCUCACCACGUGCUCGCUGUGAAGCACCCUGGGGUGACUCCCCUGCUCACACGUCCAGUACUGAAACCCCACCCACUGUGGAGUUUAGUGGUGGAGUUGCAGUGUUGCCAACCCCAAUGGAGCUACCAACCCCAUGCUCUCCCUGGAAGACUGGCAGCCUUCUGGACCAGCAAGAUGAGGGCCAGUGUAUGGAUGGAACACGCCCGCUCUGCAGACCUGAGCCCACUCUACCCAAAAGCUCCCCGUACAGAGUGCGGCCAGGUUUCUGGUCUUAA